AUGGGGGCAGCGGCCAUUGCUGGAUUUCUCCUUGUGGAAGAGGAGGAGGAAGAGGAGCAGCAGCAGAGGAGGGCAGCCCAGGAACGCCGAGGGCACAGACGGAUAACCACACGGCAAACAAACUACCCCAGGCACCGGGUGUUUAGGAACAGGGUCAGUUAUUUAGGCUUGACAGAGGAGCAGUGCCUGAAGAGGCUACGGCUGAGCAGGGAGGCUGUGACCGAGGUCUGCCAUUUGGUCCAAGGUGAUAUACACGGAGAAUCGAUCAUCCGCACUGCACUGCCAGUGGCGGUGAAGGUCACCGCUGCCCUCAACUUCUACGCCACAGGGACUUUUCAGGCACCCACAGCGAACAUCACCGGGAUCAGCCAGUUUGCUGUGUACCGUUCCAUUAAGGAGGUCACUGAUGCAUUGAUUCGACAUGCUCCCACCUACCUGAGCUUCAGGAGUGACGAAGAGCAACAACGACAACAGUACUUCUUCACCAUUGCUGGCUUCCCCAAGGUACAGGGAAUUAUUGACUGUAUGCAAGUUGCCAUUUGUGCACCAAAUAACAAUCCCAUGGCCUACUUAAAUGCAGAAGGCUAUUACUCUAUCAAUGCCCAAAUUAUAUGUGACCACCGCCAGAAAAUAAUGAACGUCAAUGCAUGCUGCCCAGGGGGCAUGCAUGACUUUUACAUUCUGAAGCAAUCUGAGGUGCCCAUGAUCUUUGAAGGAGAAGGAAAGCUGAACGGAUGGCUCCUUGGAGAUCUGGGCUAUGUGCUGCAGCCAUGGCUGAUGACACCGCUGCUCCUUCCUGGCACUGAAGCUGAGAACAGAUACAAUGUUGGACAUGCACAAACCAGUAGAGUCAUAAAACAGACAUUUGGACUGCUGAAGAAACGCUUCAAGUGUUUGGAUCGUUCAGGGGGUGCCCUGCGAUAUGCUCCAGAAAAAGUCAGCAAGAUUGUAACUGUGUGCUGCAUGCUGCACAAUAUUGCUAUGGACAGUGGCCUCUCCCUGGAUUCAGAUGAGGAGCUUCAAUCCAUAGAAGAUGAGGAAGAUCACGGCCCACAGCAGCCACCAGCCCUGGAUCAGCCGCUACAGGCAGCGAGACAGAUGCGUGAGGAAGUCAUUGCUCAGUUCUUUAGUUGA